AUGAGCUCCAACAGCACAGACCUUGGUCUCUUCCUGACUGCUGUUACAUCUCCACCAGGCAUGGCCGCCUUCCCUCAAUCCAACGCUCUCCACCAAGGAGAAGCGGGAGGAAGCCCCUGGCCGGGGGGAUACCAUGCCAACCUGGAUGAAAAUUCUUCCUUCCACGGCGGACUGUUCAACCUCACAUCAGAACCUCCUAAUGGCACACGAACCCUGAGCGGGGCAUACGAGCCUUUGGGUGGCCACCCCGUGUGGCAAGUUGUCCUCAUAGUCUUGCUGACAGGUCUCCUUUCUCUGAUCACCAUCAUUGGCAACAUACUGGUGGUGGUAUCCUUCAAAGUCAAUCGCCAACUGAAAACGGUCAACAAUUACUUUCUACUGAGCCUUGCUGUGGCUGACCUGAUCAUAGGGGUCAUCUCUAUGAACCUCUAUACAGCUUACCUUGUCAUGGGCCAGUGGGCUAUGGGCAACUGGGCCUGUGACCUGUGGCUGGCUAUAGACUAUGUGGCAAGCAAUGCAUCAGUCAUGAAUCUGCUGGUCAUUAGCUUUGACCGCUACUUCUCCGUCACCAGACCCCUGACCUACAGAGCUAAACGGACAACAAAGCGGGCCGGAUUGAUGAUUGGCCUGGCCUGGUUUGUUUCUCUGGUUCUCUGGGCCCCUGCCAUCCUGCUGUGGCAGUACUUUGUUGGUGAGAGGACCAUACCAUCUGAUCAAUGCUAUAUCCAGUUCCUUUCAGAACCCACUAUAACUUUUUGUACAGCCAUGGCUGCCUUCUAUCUGCCAGUAACUAUCAUGAGCGUCCUCUAUUGGCGUAUUUACAAAGAAACCCAGAACCGCUCAAGGGAACUGGCUGGAUUGCAGGGCUCAGGAUGUCAGGGUGGAAUGGGAGGAGGGGGUGGGAGUGGGGGUGGCGAGAGGUCCCGCUUUGUCCACCAUCAGACAGGGAGCUCUCGUAGCUGCAGCAGCUAUGAGCUGACCAGGUCAUCCCAGAAGAAAAGCUCCUGUCGCGAACUGGUAGGCCGCUUCCACUGUUGGCCUGGGGUUCGGUCCUGGAGGCCCGGUAGCACCCGACCAGGAGAGGGUGACCCAGACCAGAGCAGCAGUGACAGCUGGAACAACAAUGAUGCCGGGGCCUCAGCAGACCAUUCUGGUUCAUCUGAAGAUGAGGAUUGUAGCGCCAGAGAGAUGAUUCCCCAGAGCCACACUAUCUUCUCCAUUGUCCUCAACCUACCAGGUAUCAAGGCUGCGGUCAACUCCCAGCUCACAUCAUGUGAGGACCUGGACAUAGCCUCUGAAGAGGAUCCCCUGAGGGGGGAGGAGAAUAGCCGAGAUAGCCUUUCAACAGCCACCACUAACACUACAGUUGCCACCACCCCAGAUGGGGGGGCCAGCAAUGCAGACAACAGCUACCACCAACGCUUCUCUACACGCAAAGUCCAGUCUAUGCCUACCAUUCAGCCUGCCACCACAAUGGGCUCCUUCUCUGAUUCCCUUGCAACCACCACUACCAACACUACUACUACCAGCAGUGCAGCCACGAAAUCCCCAUCUGUCCCCAUCUCCUUCAAAGAGGCCGCCCUGGCCAAACGUUUUGCUUCCCGAGCACGGACUCAGAUCACCAAGCGGAAGCGCAUGUCCCUGGUGAAGGAAAAGAAAGCGGCUCAGACACUCAGUGCCAUCCUUUUCGCCUUCAUCAUCACCUGGACACCCUAUAACAUCAUGGUGCUGGUCAACGCCUUCUGCAACGGAUGCAUACCAGACACCCUGUGGGCACUGGGCUACUGGCUUUGCUAUGUCAACAGCACAGUCAACCCCAUGUGCUACGCUCUGUGCAACAAGACCUUCCGCACAACUUUCAAGAUGAUCCUGCUCUGCCGCUGGGACAACAAGAGGAGGAAGCAGCAGUUCCAGCAGAGGCAAUCGGUGGUUUUCCACAGGAGGAUCCCCAGGGAUUCCACGUAA